AGAAGUUCUUGGUUGAUGGUUUGGUUCAGCAAGUCCCGUUGACUACAGGUUUAUGUUUAGCCUACUAGACUAACUAGAGGAUAGAUGUCACACACUAAAUAAAUCAAAACGUGCAUCUUCCGGCUGCCUGAAUGAAUGAUCGCAGGUCUAAUGCAUUUGAUAAUAGUAAAAACCUCCUGAUUCAAAAGACUUGGUUAAUACAAUGACAGAGAAACUGUUUCUAAAAGUCCAUUGGUAGUUUGGAAGAUGGAUCUUUCAUUGGGGAAAAUAGCUACACGUGAAAAUAUCAACUGAGCAGCGGGCGCUGCCUGAAAAACCGAACCGAGGGAAACAUAAACACAACGGAAACAAGAGGACAAGGAAGUUACUUUGGACCGGGGGCGGGACGUGUUCAGGGCUUCCGGUUCAUGUGGGGAAAUGCGAGCACUGCUGCAAACUUUACACGGCGCAACUUCAACUGCAAUGGCUGAAGAAGUGUGUUCGGAUCUCUCCGUCCCGGUCCCAUGGGGACACAUCAGAGGAAGAGUCUGGGGUCCUGAUCACGGUCGUCCCGUGCUGUGCCUGCACGGCUGGGCUGACAACUGUGGUGCAUUCAACACUCUCAUUCCUCUUCUACCCAAAGAGUGCAGAUACGUGGCGCUGGAUCUGCCGGGUCACGGUCUAUCAUCUCAUCGUCCUCCUGGAGAUUUCUACUCCUAUCCUGCAUACGUGGCGGAUAUACGCAGAGUCGCUGAUGCUCUGCAGCUGAGGAAAUUCUCCAUCAUAAGCCACAGUAUGGGUGCUGAAAUCGCUGCAUUGUUCAGUGCGCUGUACCCCGAGAUGGUGGACGCUCUCGUGCUUCUGGACUCUUACGCAUUCCUACCUACAGAUUCAAAAGAACUUUCCAAAGUGAUGAGGAAGGGGAUGGAUGAGAUCCUUCAGUUUGAAAACAAGACAGAAGACAAGAAAAGAGUUUACACUUAUGAGAAGGCAGUUGAGAGGCUGUCGGCUGCAAACCCGACUCUGACUGAACAGUCGGCGCACAUCCUUUUAGAGCGAGGGCUAGUUCAAGUUGAAGGAGGAUUUGCGUUCUCCAGAGACCUGCGAGUUAAUUUCAAAAACAUAUGGCGCAUCAGUUCGGAGCAGAGUCUGGAGAUGCAGUCGAGGGUUCAAGCCUCUGUUCUGCUUGUUCUAGCAGAAAAAGGCAUCAAUAGAAUAUGUUUCCAUCCAACUCAAAGGAAAUUCAUCUCAACACUUCUCCAUGGCCUACAGGACCAAAACUACACGGUGGUGACGGUACCAGGUGAUCACCACGUUCAUCUGAAUGAGCCUGAAGUCGUCGCUCCGAUUGUGUCCGACUUCCUGCGGAACAAAGUGUUGUCCCAGUCAAACUACGGACGGCACAAGUUAUAAGCUGCAAACAUAAUCGCACUGGCACAUUUAAGUUAAAUUGCACUUUAUAGAUGCUGAGGGGAUCAGCCGUACGUGUACUUUUAUCUCACAACUUUGUUGACAAACCAGAAUGGGGGGGUGCGACAGACACACUUCUGCACGUACAUAGCACCUUCAGCCUUCACUGUAAGCCAAUGGGCUAUCAAUGAGCUGUCACCUCAUUCCAAGAUGCACUAAGUAAAACAAAGUCACUGCUGAAAUGUUCACCCUUUCCCCCCCCCCCAAGGAUUUCAAAAAUGCACAUUUAAAAUAAAAAAACAUUUAAAG